AUGCAAAAGUAGAGAUUCUAUGAAUAAUCUUUAAGAGGAGGAGGGUCUGCCUUUUCUUCUUCUAAUAAUUCUCAAGGAAUACCUUAGAAUAUAUAAAUUGAAGCGUAAUUACAUUCAACACUUCUGAAUGGUUUACUUGUCAACUUAAAUAAAAGAUUAGAGCAAAUUGAACAUGUCAAAGAGAUUAUGAGUACAGAAGAAGGGAAAAGUGUGUUAUGUAGAAACAUAGCAUGGUUUUAAGAACUUGAAUAAUUGUUUUGUUAUUUCCAAUUUCAAAUUGACUUGGUAAAAAGACACAAAUAAAUUAUAGAAAGAACACUUUAAAAUUUCUUAGAAUUGGCUUCAACAACUAUCUAAUGGGACAGAUUGAUUGCUUUAAAAAUAUUAAAAAUUUGCAACUCGUUCUCCAGAUUGAUAUUUGUUUAUUACUCUCAUUCGAAUGAUAGAAGUCAAUAAUAAUAGAUAGAAAAAUGGACAUAGUUAACUGGCAAUAUUAUUAAUUAGAUUAAUUUAGACGGUGAAGCAUCAUUAUUUUAUAAUGGUUUGAUUUAUGAGUUGACCCUAAUCUAAGCCUGUAUAGAGUAUAUACCCACAUAAGAAGAGUAACAAGAAAGAAAUAGUUCUGCAUUUGCAAUUCUUAAAGAACUUGUUAGCUCUGCAGUUAGUUUAAAACCAUCUCCAGAUUUAGCCAGUUCCAUAUCAAAAGGAGCUUUAUAUUUAUAUUAGCAAUUCCAAAAGAAGAAGUCAAUGGAACAGUUUCAGAAUUGCUUAUUUUUAGAAUAAUUGAAAUGGAAUAUCCUGAUGAAUAUUAAAGCUGGUGUUAUGUUUAAUGAAAUAGAAGAUAAAAUAAGUGAUAACUACACUGGUAUAAUUAAAUAAGGUAGUGAUUGGGCAAUAUAAUAUUCUUGGAUCAAGAUGGCAAGUGAACUUAUGGCAUGUAAACCUCAAAUUACAAAAAUCAAGUUUUAAAGUUUAUAAUAGGGAUCUAAUUAAAUUAUGACAUGGGAACAAGCCUAAUCAGAAAAUUUGAUUAAUGUUAUUCAUAAAGAUUUUGAAAUAGCUGAAAUUAUUGCUAAAGGAUCAACUUCAAAUAUUGGGAUUAAAUUAUAAAGUAUAUAAAGAUAGUAUCAAAAUCUUUAAAACUUUUUUAUGAAUGGAAAUCAAAUUAUUCCUUAAUUUAUUGGUUAUUAUUCUAUAGAAUCAGCAAAGGAUACAUUAAAUUUUGAUAAUGAAUCUAAUUAAGAUUAUUUUAAAAUGAUCUAAUCAUUAAGAUAAAUUCCUUUUGAAAAGAUUGCUAACAAUUUCAAUGAAUUUUUAAAUAAAUUUUCAGCCUUUCUAAUUAGUUAUUAUCAAAUAGAACCUAAGACAAUGAAUUUUUCAGAUUUCUAAUAUUACCUUAUAUUAUCAUAAGAAUAAUAUCAAACUUUGCUUAACGAUGUUAUUAAAUUUUAAAUUUCAAGGGAAUAUAUAAAUAAUAUUAUUGAAAUAAUAUCACCAAUUUUAAUAAAAUCAGAUGAUCUUAAUAAAUAAUAGACAUAAAUAUAUAGUAAUUGUUUUCAAACAUUUUUAUAUAAUUAUUCUAAAAUAUAAAGUAAAAAGCAAUUUGAUAAAAAAAGAGAUAUCUAUGAUAAACUUAUAAAUUGGCUCAAAUAGAUAAAUUUAGUUUAAGAAUAAUAAAUAAACUAUUAGAAAUAAUUUGGAAAGAAAAUGCCAGAAGAUUGCUUAGCUUUUUCCAAAAUAUAAGAAAAACCUUUUUAAAUAUAAUUGAAUUACCUAAUCAAUUCUAUUAAAUUUUGUUAAUAAUGGAAUGAAUAGAUUAUGCUACUUACAUCUAUAUUUACAUCUGAAAAUAUUAUGAUAAAUCAAUAAAUUAUCAUUACAAAACAAACAUAAGAAACAGAAAUGAAAACUGUUUUAGACAAUCUUAAUGAAGAAUUUAUUAAAAGAUAAAAUAGUAAUUUUGAAUACCUAAAUUCUACUUAUUCAAUUCUUAAAAUUUAAUAUGAAUAAUUCUUAGAAUUAAAAUCUUUACUUUUUGAUAAGUUUUCUUUAGAAGAAUUUGAAAAAAUUGAAAAGAAAUAGAAAAUUGAAUUCAUAAUAAAUCCUAAAUUUGAUUUCAACUUAUAUUUCUAAUAUUAAAUCAAUCAGUAUUAAUAAUUGACUCAAUUACUUGAUACAGAAAAUGAGAUCUUAUCUAAUUAAAUAAAGGAAUAUCAAAAUGGAAAAAAUAGGUAGAUAUUUAAUUAUUUUUGUUCUAUUUUUAACUAUUCUCUUAUAUCAAUUAACUAAAUACUCAAUUUCAAUUUUGAUUCAAUUAAGAAAAUGGAAAUGUUAAUAGAAUAUGUAAACAGAAAAGAUAACAAGACAUUAUAUAAUUUUAAAUCAAAUUAAAUAAAACUUUAAACUUAAAUUGAUUUUUUAAUAGUAUCAAAAGAAAAAAUAGAAUAAUUGAAUAAUGUUGAAUUUGUUGAAAAGGUAAAGGAAUUCGAAAUAUCAGUAUAAGCUAUCUAAUAAGAAUUAUUAAUUAUAAAUAAUAGUGAUUACAGAACUACAUUAGUUAAUGAACUAAAUAAAUUUAAUGAGUUCUUAAUACAUGCUAGAACAAGAUAAAAAAAUUAAUUGGAUUCAACCAUAUAAGCUCUAAAAAAAUGUACAUUAGAUUUUAUUGAUAAAAUUGUAAACUUAUUUUAAAAUUUAAAAUAAUCUUGGAAAUAAGAAUUAAUUACUGAAAUGAGUGAAAGUAUUGAUGAAAGAAAGCCUAAUUAAGCUAAAUUACUAGAAUUAACCAAUAAUUUCAAAAGUUAAAUUAUGUAAGUAUAAUAAUCAAUUGAAUUUUCUGAAAUUGAUACAUUGUAAAAUCUAGUCGAUUUAAUGAAAUUUACAGAUUAAAAUGAUAUUAUACAUCUUUAAUGCGAAGAUUAAAUCUCAAAACUAUUAUAAAAGUUUCAAUUAUUCAUAUAGAAUCUUAAGAGUCUUAAUUAUGAAACCUUUUCUAAAAGCUAUGCAGAUUAAUUAUACUUUAUUAAUCAAAAUCCAAAAGAAUUAGAUCGAUUUCUUAAAGAUGAAUUGAAUUUCAUAUUUUCACCUGUGCAGAAUCAGAUCCAAAGUAAUCUAAAAUAAUGUAAAUAAAGUAUAACUGCCUCUAUACUUGAAUACAUUUAAGGUAAUUCAUGGAGAGUUAAAGAAGGAUUUUUAUUUUAAUGCAUCUAAUUAGAAAACUAAUUGCAAGAAUAAAAUAAAUAAUCCAUACAAAAAAUUUUAAUUUUAAUUGCUGCUAAAGAAACUAAUUUAAAAAUAUUAGUAACACUAAAAAAUAAAUAAAUAGUACAGUAAAUGUAUUAAGGAUUCUCUAAGCAUUGGCCUGAAAUAUAAAAUCAGAUAUAAUAAGAUUUAGCUAGCUAAAUAAGUAAAUUAGAAUAGCUUUAAUUUAAUAUAUCAAGUGCUGAAACUGAUAGAAAAAGAGAGUAAUUACAUAAAGAACAUAAAAAAUUGGAAGAAUAAAUAGAACAAUAAAUACUUAAUGUUAAUCAGAUUGGAGAUGCUUUAGGAAUCACUAUCAAUUUCUUAAGAGAAAUUAAAUAAGAUUUAAAUAAAAUUCAAUAAAAAUUAGAUUAAAUGCUUAAUAAAAUUGAUGAAGUAGUUUAAGAUAUUAAAUAAUUAAUAGGAAAGACACCAAAAUAAUUAUUAGAAAUAAGGAUGUAAUCUGUUUUAUAAUAGAAAAUUGUAAAUGAUUUCAAUAAUGUAUAUGUAAACUUAAGAAAUAAAGAGUUGAAAGAAAACUUUAAAGAUGAAGAUGAUGAAACAACUCUUUUUAAUGAUAUUUCUUAGAAUAAAGGUGAAAUAGACGAAUUUUUAUAAUAACCAAAAGAUUCUCUAUUGAUUCAUGGACCAGCAGGAUCAGGUAAAAGCGUUGCUGCUAAAAAGAUAGAAGAAUAUAUCUGGCUCUAAUAUUAAUAAUUGAAUUUGGAUGAGUGGUCUAAAGAUUUAGAAUAGAUACCAAUAAUACCUAUAUUCAUUCAAUUAGCAAGCUUAAAAGAUCCAUAUUAAAAAGCUAUUGAAGAAUCAUUAGCAUCAUCCAAUUAUAAUUUUGAUUGGAGAUAAAUACAAACAUUCUAGACUUAAGUUGAAGAAGGUAAAGUUGCAGUUGUCUUUAUUCUUGAUAGCUUUGAUGAAUUGACUAAUAAUUAAAUUAAUCUUAUUUAAAACAAUAAAUUGAAGAAUUGGAAAUAGCAAUUAUUAAAUUUAAGUGAAUUAACAUAAGGUCAAUAAAAAAUAUAUAGUCUAAAUUAUCCAAAAAUUAUUACUACAACUAGAUCAGAAGUGUUUGAAUUGAAUAGUACAAAUUAUAGAUAAUGGUUUAGUAGUGAAUCAGUUUUAGAUUUUACAAAAUACAAAGAAUUAAGAAUUCUAAGUUUUGAUGAUAAUUAAAAGUAAGAUUACUUAAAAUAAUAUUCAUAUACAUAAAUCAAAAAAACUUUGCUUGAUUAUUUUGAAAAGUAUUCUCUUAUUUAAAAAAGAGGAAGAAAUCUUAUAAAUGAAGUUGAAAAAAUAUGGAAUAAUAUUUUAGAAAAAUUGGAACGAUUUAAUCAUCAUCAAUAAUCAAAUGAUUUAUAUCUAAGCGAUAAAGAAAUCAAUAUUAUUGUUUCAAUUUUGAAAAGUGAAUUAAAAUUAUUAAAUAAAUAAGAUUAAUUUGCUAUUUUAGAAAGAUAGUUAAGACAUAUUUAAACUCCAUAAUUUUAUAAUAAUAAUAUAAUUGAUUUCAAUUUGGAAUAGUUACUUAAAACACCAUUUAUGAUGAAAAUAGUAAUUGAUGUUUUACCCUAAAUCAACUCUUAGAAAUAAGAGAUUCAAUAGAAUUAUUUUAUUAAUAAUUAUACACUUUAAAUGUAUGAAAGAUAUGUCAAAAAGAAAGAUAUCAAAGAUAUUAGAUAGUUUUUAGAGAAGAUCACUUAAGAAUAAUAUAAUGAAGAUUAACCAGAUGAAUUAAAUAACUAAUCAUUUAUACCAGAAUAACCAGAAUUUUUAGAGUCUGAUUAAGAGAUUAAUGAACCUUCUUAAUAAUAUAUGGAUGAAAGAAUUUAACAAAAAUAAAAGGUUUCACAAUAAUAAAAAGUCUAUUCUUAAUAACCUGUCUAAUAUUAUCAAUCGCAAGAACAUUCAACUUAUUAUUAACAGUCAUUACAAAGUAAAUAAUAAAUCCCUAGAAAUUAUAGUGAAGAAUAAUACGUUUAUCCUUAAACAAUUGAUGUCAGCAAUCCAAGAACUCCAACUCCAAAUGUUAUUUAUUAGAAUAACUAUGAAUAAGCGAAAUAAUCAUUACCUUCAACUACUAUUUCACCUUAAAGAGUGACUACAACCUAUUAAAGAAGUCCAUAAAUUAUUAAUUAAAACAACAAUGAAUAUGUUAAAUAAGCAAUUCCAUUAAAUGUUAGUUCGCAGUAGAGGGUAGAGGCAAACUAUUAGAGAAGUCCUUAUGUUAGUAGUUAAAAUAAUUAUGAAUAAUCAAAAUAAACAAGGCCUCUAAAUAUUAGUUCUCAGGACAGAGUAGAAAUAAACUAUUAGUAGAGCCCAUAAUUUGCUAAUUAUGAAUAAGCCAAAUAAAAUAGGCCUUUAACUGUUAGUUCACAGUAAAGGGUUCAAUAAUCAUAAAGUUAUGAAACUUCUACUCCCCAUUACAAAACAACAUCAUAAGUAGUUUAACCUUAAAUUGCUUAUUAAAGUAAUUAAAGUUCAGUCUAUAUAAAAUUAUCAAAAGAACUUAAAAUAAAGCGUAUUUUAUAGAUGAAAAUAAAGGAGAAUUUAAAAGAAUAAGGAAAAUAAAUUUUUUAAAAACAUUAAUAUUUUUCUCAAUAGGAUUAUGAUUAAUAUGGAGAUGAUAAAUAAAUAUUGUUAAAAUGUUAUAAAUCUUUUAAAUUAACAUAGUAUGAUUUUUAUGAAUAAUUUUUGGAGAAUUAUAUAUAAAACUAAAUGCAAAAAUUGUCUAAUAUUUAAUAAUAAAAGUUUAAUAAUAAUUUUAUAAAUGAAGUUAAUGAAUAUUCAAGAUUAUUAGUAUCAUAUUUAAUGUAAUAUUAAUUAACUGCAAUGGAAACUUAAAAAGUCUCAAAUUUAUCAGGAGUAUAUAGGGAUUAAAAAAUUAAAUAACAUUCAAUUGACCCUAGGUAUCAAGAAUUAUUUAAUUAAAAUUCAGAAGAUACAACCUUAAUAAAGAAAUGCCUUCCUUUGAAACUAACAGGUACUAUUUUGAGUUUUGAGCAUAAAUCAAUCUAAGAAUUUAUAUAUGCAAAAUUCAUCAUCAAUAAUCUUUUUGGAAUUAAUUAAAUAAUUAAUUAGUUCAAAGAAAUGAAAGUAGAUAUUUUCUUGAAAAAUACAAGUAAAAAGUUGAAAAAAAUAGAAUUCAUUUCAAUAUGUAUUUAGAUAUAUUAAAAUAAUUAAUUGUAAGUAUCAGCAAAUUAGGAUUAAGCAAGAGAUAUAUUUAUAUACUAAUUUAAUUAAGUCUUUUAAUAUUAAUAUUAGGAUAAUCCCGAUUGCUUUUAUUUUACGCAAGAUUUAUUAACUUACAUAGAUUUUUCACCAUUAAAUUAUGUAAUUAUGGCAAAUUAAUUUUAUAUGGGAACAAUAAGGUUUAUAGUAGAAUAUGUAUAGAAUAAUUAAGAUUUAAAAUAAGUCUUACAUUUCUUAGUAUUAACUUCAGGAAUAUCAUAAUAAUUCUUAAAUAUUAGUUCAAAUUCCUUAUAAUUAUUAACUUAUAUGUAGGAAUUGUUCUAUGAAAAGAAAUUCUGCGGAAUUCGGAUAAAAGACGUUAAGUUAUUAGGAUUUAAGUGUAUAGGAUGUGAUUUUAGUGGAUCGAAAUUUGAGAAUGUGACUUUGAUGGGAACAAACUUAAAUUAUUGUAAAAUUGCAGGAGUUGAGUGGAAGGACAUAAUCUCAUAAGAUUUACCAACUUUAUCUUUUAAUAUAGGUCCUAUAUUAAAAGCAUCAUUCUCAUUUGAUGGUAGUUACAUAGCAUCUCUAAGUCUAAAUAAAUAAUUGGUGAUUUAUUAAAUAACUGCUGGAUUGAUUAUUAAAAAUAUAGAACUUCAAAAAGAAGUAUUUGAUUUUUGUUGGUCUAACACAAAAUCUAUGCUUGUCUAUUUUUAUGAUGAAACUAUAAAUAUCAUGAGUUUUUAUGAGGAUUUGUAAUAAAAUAGGGCGAAUACCAUUUAAAAAAACUAUAAUGAAGUUAAAUAAUAACACAUCGAAUUUAAACCUAAAUUAGACGACAUUAUUAAUUUAAUAAAAUUUUCAAAUUAAGAUAGCUAUUUAUCAGUUGGAUGUUAAAAAGGAAAAAUAAUUAUUUUUUAAUUUAUUAAUAAAUAAUUUACCUAAUUCAGAGAAAUUACAGUAAAGAGCAGAAUAACUGCCUUUGACUUUUCUCCAGAUGAAGAUAAUUUGAUAGUUUGUGAUUAAAAUUCAAUAAAUAUAUUUAAGAUAUAAGAAGAGAAGCCUUAACCUAAACUUAUAAAAACUUUACCAUAAGGUUAUUAAGUAACAAGUAUCGUUUUUAGUCCAGAUGGUUAACUAUUUGCAUAUGCUACAACAAAUGAAGUGAUUAUUAUAUAUAGUUUGGUUAAAAAAAAAGAUUAGGCAAAAUUAAUUGGGCAUUCAAAAGCUGUUAGAUGUAUCUGUUUUUCUAGUGAAGGGAAUAUAUUAGUAAGCGGAGGAGAUGAUAAAAGUGUUAGAAUAUGGGAUUAUAUGAAGGGAACUUAAAUUGGAGAGAAUUUACAUGGUCAUUUAGAUUAGGUUAAUAGUGUUGAAUUUUCAAAACCAGAUGGAAUGAUUAUUUUAUCUUCAGGAAAGGAUGGACUAAUUAAAUAAUGGCAUCACUCUGAUAAUUAUCGUGUUAGUGAAUAUUUCCCUGGUCAUGAUGGUAGCAUUUUAUUUAUGGUUAUAUCUUAGGAUUCUCAAAGAAUUAUAACUAAAGGUAAAGAUAAGAAAAUAAUUUAAUGGAACAUUAAGACAGCAUCUAUUGUUAAUUAAAUAAUAUCUUUAUAAAGUUGUUAAGAAUGUUAAAUUAAUAAAUUAUGUUCUGCUUGUUAAUUAAGUCCAAUCAUUAUUGUUAAUGAUGAUUAAUUUAUUAUCACAGGUGGAUUUGGUCAUUCAAUUUCAAUUUAUGAUAGUUAUACUGGUAAAUAGAUUAAUCAGACAAUAUUAUAUCUUAAACCUAAAGGAGAAGUCAUUUUAUUAGCAUAAUCUCAAUAAAAUCAUUUGAUCUGUUCAGGAACUUAGAAUGGUGAAAUUAAAAUAUGGGAUAGUUUUAAUGGAAAAUAAUUUAGUAAAAAGAUUAAUCUAAAUUAUUAAAUAUUGACUAUGUUCUUUGAUUAAGAAUAUUAUUUAGUAGUUUUAAAUUAAUGUGGAAAAUACACUAAAAUUAAACUUGGUUCUAAUGAUACAAAUGCUUAAUCUUUUUGUUAUGAGGUAAUUGAUGAAACAUCUGAAAUGAAAUAGAUAAAUUAAUUGAUUUUUGAGGAGAUUUUUGAUUAGCAAAUUGAUACAAUCUAAUAGAAUUCUUAAUAAUAAAAAGUCAAUAAUAAGGUAGCUUGUUUAGCAUUAACAUCUGAUUAUUCCUAUUUGGCAAUUGCAAGCAAAGACUCAAAUGUCUAUAUUUUAGAAACUAAAGACUUAUCAAAGAUAUUUUAAACAUAUUCAUAUUAGGGAGUAAUUACUUCAAUGUAUUUUAAUAAAAAUGGAUUAAUUUUAAUUUUAUCUUUUGAAGAUUUUUCAAUAAAAGUUUGGGAUAUAUCCAAAAAUAUGCAUGGACUUAAAAGUGCUUGUCAUUAGGCUCUAAUUAAUUGUUUAGGUUUAUCUUCAGAUAAUAAAUUUAUAGUUUCAACUUCUUAAGAUAAAUGUAUUAAAAUAUGGAAAAUGUAAAAUUUGAAAGAUGAUGGAAUCUUUUCUGAAGAUAUUAAUGGUUUAAAAAAGAAAUUGCAAUAACAAAAGUAAUAUCUCCAAGAUACAUUUGAUAAUUUCAAUUUUAUCAGUUUAAAUUAGGAAUGCAGAUAACUUAUGAGUUAAACAGAUAAUAUAAAUUAUAUAGAAUAAGCAAGAUUAGAAUAAUUAACUUUAUUUUAGAGAGCAGAAGAUAAGUAUCAUAAUCUAUCUGAAUUACGAAGAGUUGAUAUUAGUGCCACAUUGAGAGCACAAAAAACCUUAAAAGAUGAAAUAACCAAAGAAGGAGAAUAAAUAGAUAUAUUAUUAUAAUAGAGUGAUUAAAUGGUCUAAACAUUUAAUAUGUAGAUGAUCGAAUUAAGUAAUUCUUGUUUUGAGAUUGCAAAAUCCCUUUAAGAAAAAUUUCUAAUGAAAUAAAAGCAACUUAGAGAAAGAAUAAUAGAAAAUGAAUUAAGGAAAUAACAAAAAUAAUACGUUUCAGAAAUUAAGGUUACUUCAUAAAAUUAGAUAACUUUCUCUGAAAUAUUGUGUAUUAGUAAGACUUCUUAGAAUUCAAAAUUUAUUGGGACAGUUUUUGAAAAUUCCAACAUUAAAAAUAAGACCAAUCAUGACUUAUUUAAACUUUGGUAAUAGACACAAGAAAAGGAUAAUAAACAUUGAAUA